AUGGGCUAUCAAGAGUUCCCAACGGCACCCCUGCCGUCCCGCAGAAGUCCCAGAGCUCCCGGCAUCGUCGUCGGCUUGGGAUUUCUAGCGGCCAUAUGGCUCUGCUUCCGCACACUUUUCACGGUGAGCGACAGAACGCCAAAUGUUGCGAAAGUACAACAGUGCUCCAUUGAAAAUCUCCACGCCGACUUGUCAUUCCUGGACGCCGCACGUCCUAUCAGUUCAGAUGAGUUCCUGCAGCGUCGCGACCGGCUCGCCCAAGCUUUGUACACCAACAAGGUCGACGCCUUCGUCUUAGAGCCAGGAUACACUUUUCAAUACUAUGGAAAUAUAUCACAGUAUGACUGGGAGCCUUGGGAGCCUGAGGAGCGACCCUUCCUGAUGCUCGUUCUUCCGGAAGUCAAUGAGUCAGGAGAUAUCACGGCAAAGACAGCCUUCCUGUCGCCUCACUUUGAGGAGGGACGCGUUCGUAUGCUGGGAAUUCCGUCGCGGGAUGCCGAGCUGGAUAUUGUUAUCUGGGAGGAGCAUUGGAAUCCCUACUCUACGCUCCUCGAUUCUGGACUUUUCUCCAGCAGGUCACCAAAACUUAUGAUGGACGAGGAGAUUCGAGACUAUAUUGUGCGUGGUCUCGAUUCCGUUGGAUUCGAGACUGUUGGAUUGAGCCCCGAGGCCGAGUUGGUCCGACAAAUCAAAAGCCCAGCUGAAGUCGAGUUGCUGCGGGCUGUGAAUACGGGGACUGUCGUUGCAGUCAGGGCUAUGAGACCUUGCCUGGUACCAGGCCUUACUGAAAACGAGGUGACGAGCAUACUAGAUAACUCACUACUCUCGAUUGGUUUCGGGCUCUUCUUCAACAUUGUGCUGUUCGAGGAGCACGGCGCCCUGCCACAUGGCGGAUUCGUCACUGGCGGUAAGAAGGCCACCCCAGACAGCAUGAUCGUCAUUGACGUCGGCGCGCACUAUCUGGGUUAUUCUUCCGACAUUUGUCGCAGUUUUUUCAUUGACCAGCCGAAAACUGCCAGUGCCUCCAUACUCUCAAUUUUCAAAUCGAUCACGGUUUUGGGCGACACGGAGAGAUUAGCUGAACCCGUCAGCUCCCAGCAAUCGAAGCUUCUUGCCGAGAAAUACAAAGUCUGGGAUAUCGUGCUUGAAGCCCAGACGGCUGCAGCAGAUGCCUUCAGACCAAAUAACACGGCGGCAAGCGUUGAUAUCGCAGCUCGGAAAGUCAUCGAGGACGCAGGUUAUGGGUACGGAUUCACCCAUCGACUCGGUCAUGGAAUUGGCAUCAAGGCUCACGAGUCGCCAUAUCUCAACAAAUGGAACAAGGGAGUCCUUUUACAAACUGGAAUGACUUUUACAAAUGAGCCGGGCAUCUAUCUUGAAGGGAAAUUUGGUGUUCGUCACGAAGAUAUCUACCUAGUCAAGGAAGACGGUGAGGCAGAACUCCUCACAGGUGUCAGGGCCAAAGGGCCAUACGAGCCGUGA